CUCAUCUCAGCCGGUAAUCAUUCUCAACGGUCCCUCUUUGAAAUGUUAUUUGAAACAAGGAAUAGUUUGGUACAGUCUGUUUGAAAGCACACAGAAAGUCUCAUCUGUCAGCUGGCAGACUUUAUUUGUUGUCGGGUGCUGAGAGACGAUUGCUUUGGAUGCCAAAUGAUCGGACACAGAUGCGGUACGAGACUUUUCAACAACUUCCCAUCACGACCUUUCCUCUGAGCCUACAAACUGUCAAGCCAUCUCGGCCAUCUUGGCUGUCAAAGCAAGCCGGUGUCAUUCACACAUCCAGCUAGGAGGCAUCUCUGGAGAUGCCCCAACCUCGCCGUACCUGACAAAGACCAGGUUCAGUUUGGUCUCCGAGGCCUCAUGACCCCACCUCCUAUGGACAACAACAGCCUCAUUCACUGCACCUCUGCUGACCUCAUUGUCUCUUUGUGAAGGGAAAAUCCAGAGUUGCAUUCUGUUAAAUGGUCCAACUCCGGACAACCGCCUCACAGUCCACUCUAGCCCGGCCACGGGACUCCAGAUGAGCGCGCACAUUGGGGGCACUCACUUGCGACAGCGCACGCAAACAAAAUGAGUCCUGAUGGAGACACAUCAUCAGUGAUUGAGAACACGGCUGCCAUCAGCCAGCCCUUCCGCUCAGAGGCGGCAGCAACGGUGGAACAAAGCCAGGGAGUGCAGAGCUGCUUGAAAGGCUUUCAGAACACACCUCACAUUACUCUAGCUCAGAGGUUGGUGAGGCUGCUGGCAGCCGUGUGUGCACUUGGACUCCUGGGAGGCUUGGCUGUCGGGGUCUGGUUUUUAGUCAAGCUUCUCCUGAGGCCGUCGUCCUCUCAUCGUCCAGUGGGACUCGGGGACACAAAGGAGACGCCAUUUUGCAACAUGACAGAGGACACUUCCAUCUCCGACCCCAGGAAAGUGUUUUACAGGAUCAGUCCAGAGAACUCCCUGCUGGAGAUCCAGCUGGGAACGCUGCCCAGCUGGUUGCCAGUGUGCUAUGAAAGGUGGAACUCUUCUCUGGGAACGCUGGUGUGCAGGCAGCUGGGUUAUCUGAGGCUGACCAAGCAUAAAGGAGUCAAUCUGACGGACAUCGGGCCUAAUUAUACGGAUGGCUUUUUCCAGAUAAGCCCAGGACACGGGGGGAGUCUGGAAAACAUGUGGCAAUUCAGGCGGAGCUGCAACACUGAUAAGGUUAUCGCUUUGCAGUGUUUCGAGUGCGGCACACGAGCCAAGCUGCCCAGGAUAAUUGGGGGAGUCGAGGCCACGCCGGGUAGGUGGCCCUGGCAGGUCAGCCUCUCCUAUGGCAACCGCCACACCUGCGGAGGCUCCAUCAUCGCCAGUCAAUGGAUAGUAACAGCUGCUCAUUGUGUGCACAACUACAGGCUGCCUCAGGUAUCCAGCUGGGCGGUCUACACCGGUCUCGUCAUGCGAAACUCUGCAAACAUGACGGAGCACACGGGGCAUGCCGUGGACAAGAUCAUCUACAACAAGAAUUACAACCACGUGAGCCAUGACAGCGACAUCGCCUUGAUGAAGCUGCGGACACCUCUUCAUUUCUCAGACACCGUUAGGCCCGUUUGUUUGCCCAAGUACGACUACGACCCACCUGGAGGUACACAGUGCUGGAUCUCUGGCUGGGGAUACACACAACCUGACGGCGUUCACUCAUCAGAUAUCCUGAAAGAGGCCCCCGUUCCCAUCAUCAGCACCAACAAAUGCAACAGCUCCUGCAUGUACAAUGGACAGAUCACACCGAGGAUGCUCUGCGCCGGAUACAUGGAGGGGAAAGUGGAUGCGUGUCAGGGGGACAGUGGCGGUCCUUUGGUGUGCCAGGAUGACGUGUGGAGGUUAAUGGGGGUCGUCAGCUGGGGCAAUGGCUGCGCCGAGCCCAACCACCCUGGAGUUUACACCAAAGUGGCUGAAUUUCUUGGCUGGAUCUAUGAGAUGAUGGAGAAUCACUGAGACAAGAAAUGCAAGCUGGGAGGCAAUUCAGCAGUCACAUUUUUACAGCAUAUUUCAUGUCAACUUUCAGAUCAGCCUGAACGCAUCGCGAUUCAUGUUAUGUUGUCCCUUCCUUUGAAUGUACC